AGCAGCGGGGAAAGGGGUGAAGAUUAAACAGGGAACGAGGAAAUGGGGCCCGGGGUUGCCCCGCCGGCCAGGAGGAGUCUCCCGAGCCCUUACAGGGGCGUCGGGAGGGGCGGUCUGUUCCCGCUCCCUCCUAAAUCUCGAGGAAACGAAACCGCGGGCGCAGCGCCCGCCCCUCGGUGCCUCCAGCUCCCGCAGCCCCGCGCCAGCCCCAGGUGUCGCCGCCGCUGUCCCCGAGCCCGCGACAUGCAGCCGCAGCUGCCGCCCUACGAGGUGCUGCCGGGGGAGCUGAGCAUGGAGGAGAUGUCCCGGAGCACCGCGGUGUUGGUGGAGGAGACGCCGCGGCCGCCGCCGCCGCGGGACCACCUGGUGUGGUCCCUGUUCACCACCCUGUACGGCAACUUCUGCUGCCUCGGCCUCAUGGCCUUCGUCUUCUCCGUCAAGUCCAGGGACCGCAAAGUGCUGGGUGACUACAGCGGGGCCCUGAGCUACGGCUCCACGGCCAAGUGCCUGAACAUCACAGCCCUGGUCAUCAACAUCGCCAUCGUCAUCAUCGUCAUCGUCGUCAUCUGCCUGGCUGUCACCGGAGUCUUCAGCCGGCCCCCGCCCGGGUAUGGGCACGGCUAUGGCCCCACUUAAUGCCCUCCCUGCCCCGCGGGCUCUGCUUCCCUCCCCGGGGCUACGACAAUCCACGGCAAUCCACGUGCCUCACCCGGAGCCUGCUGCUCUCCUGUCCCUGUCCCUCCCCACCCGGAGCCUUUGUGGAGGCCGUGCUGCUGGCUGCCCUCCCUGGAGCUGUCUGGGGACGGACAGGGCUCCCCAGAGAGCAGCCGAGCCCCCCAAGCCUGCCGCAGCCCGAUUGUUGCUUCGCUCUGGGCCUGGAGCCCCAGCUGCCUCCAGAUAAUUCUGGGGAGGAGCACCUGGUUCAGAGAAACCCUGGUUCCUGAAAUAAAGUUUCUUUCACUUUU